UGUACAUCAUUCUCUAUAUAGAUUAGUCAUUUAAAAAAACAUUUCCUACUCUUUAUCCAAAAUUUGUAUAAAACCAUGUCUGGAGUAACAAGAAUUUAUGCACGAGAAAUAAUUGACAGUCGUGGAAAUCCUACUGUAGAAGUCGACCUAACUACAUCCAAAGGUACAUUCCGUGCUGCAGUUCCUUCUGGUGCAAGUACUGGUAUCCAUGAAGCUCUUGAACUACGAGAUGGAGACAAGACACGAUUCUUGGGAAAGGGUGUUUUAAAAGCAGUUGCUAACGUAAAUGAUACAAUUGCUCCCUUGUUAAUUAGCAAGAAUAUUGAUGUUACCAAACAGACUGAAGUUGAUCAGCUAAUGUUAUCACUUGAUGGGACAGAGAACAAAUCCAAACUUGGAGCUAAUGCCAUUCUAGCUGUGUCAUUAGCAGUUUGCAAAGCUGGUGCUGCACAUAAGGGAGUUCCAUUGUAUAAACACAUUGCUGAUUUAUCUGGAAAUUCAAAAGUUAUUCUGCCUGUGCCUGCCUUUAAUGUUAUCAAUGGUGGAUCGCAUGCAGGAAAUAAGUUGGCAAUGCAGGAAUUUAUGAUCCUACCAACUGGUGCAUCGUCAUUCAAGGAAGCCAUUCGCAUUGGUGCCGAAGUUUAUCAUAACUUAAAAUCUGUCAUCAAAAGUCGAUAUGGACAAGAUGCCACCAAUGUUGGUGAUGAAGGUGGUUUUGCUCCCAACAUUCAAGAUAACAAAGAAGGCUUGGAACUGUUGAAAACUGCAAUCGAGAAAGCUGGAUAUACUGACAAAAUUGAAAUUGGAAUGGAUGUUGCUGCAUCAGAAUUCUACAAGGCCCCCAAGUACGAUCUUGAUUUUAAAUCAAAAGAGACGGACGAAUCCAAAUACUUGACUGGCGCGCAGUUGGCUGAUCUGUACCAAAGUUUUAUUUCUGAAUAUCCAAUCGUGUCAAUCGAAGACGUAUUCGAUCAAGACGAUUGGGACUCGUGGUCAGCAUUGACAGCUAAAACAAACAUCCAGAUUGUCGGUGACGAUCUGACAGUAACCAAUCCCAAGAGGAUGAAGACAGCGAUCGAGAAAAAGGCCUGCAAUGCUUUGUUGUUGAAAGUUAAUCAGAUUGGAUCAGUGACCGAGUCCAUUGAAGCAUGCAAGCUUGCGCAGUCUAGUGGGUGGGGAGUGAUGGUUAGUCACAGGAGUGGUGAAACUGAGGAUACGUUCAUCGCUGAUCUCGUCGUGGGACUUUGCGCUGGACAGAUAAAAACUGGUGCACCAUGUCGAUCUGAACGUCUUGCGAAGUACAACCAAUUGCUCAGGAUUGAGGAAGAACUUGGCGAUGGCGCAGUGUAUGCUGGCAAAAAGUUCCGGCAUCCCCUUGCUUAAACUAAAAACUAACAUUAUCAUGAAUCUUUAAAAAUGUAAAUCUUGUCAGUCGUGAAGAAAAACCUAUCUUGAUGUUA